AUGAAGACCCUAGUCGUGCUGCUGGUGAUGGUGGCGUCGGUCGUCAGCGCCGUCAGCUUCUUCGACCUCGUCCGUGAGGAGUGGAACGCUUUCAAGCUGGAGCACAAGAAGGAGUACGAGAGCGAGGUGGAGGAGCGGUUCCGCAUGAAGAUCUUCGCGGAGAACAAGCACAAGGUGGCCAAGCACAACCAGCGCUACGAGCGCGGCCAGGUGUCCUUCCGCCUCGCCACCAACAAGUACGCGGACAUGCUGCCGCACGAGUUCGUGCACACCAUGAACGGCUUCAACCGCACCGUCAAACACAACAAGGCGCUGUACGGCAAGGGCGCGGCGGAGCGCGGCGCCACGUUCCUGGCGCCCGCCAACGCGCAGCCGCCGGUGCAGGUGGACUGGCGCGCGCUCGGCGCCGUCACCGAAGUCAAGGACCAGGGCAAGUGCGGCUCCUGCUGGUCCUUCAGCACCACGGGCGCUCUGGAAGGUCAGCACUUCCGUAAGAAUGGCUUCCUGGUGUCGCUCUCGGAGCAGAACCUGAUCGACUGCUCGGCGGCGUACGGCAACAACGGCUGCAACGGCGGCCUCAUGGACAACGCCUUCAAGUACAUCAAGGACAACGGCGGCAUCGACACCGAGCAGAGCUACCCCUACGAGGGCGUCGACGACAAGUGCAGGUACAACCCCAAGAACGCGGGCGCGGAGGACGUGGGCUUCGUGGACAUCCCGGCGGGCGACGAGGCGGCGCUGCGCGCGGCGCUGGCGGCCGCCGGGCCCGUGGCCGUCGCCAUCGACGCCAGCCACGAGAGCUUCCAGCUCUACUCCUCCGGCGUCUACUACGACGAGGACUGCUCCUCCGAAAACCUCGACCACGGGGUGUUGGUGGUGGGCUACGGCACGGACGAGACGCAGGGCGACUACUGGCUCGUGAAGAACUCGUGGGGCCGCUCCUGGGGCGAGCUCGGCUACAUCAAGAUGGCGCGCAACCGCAACAACCACUGCGGCAUCGCCUCCGCCGCCUCCUACCCCCUCGUC